AUGGAUGGAGAGAGAAAUGGUCAUUAUCACAUGCCUGAGACACGUGGACUAUGCCUCUCUGAGGAGCAAACCGUCAGCACAGUUUUGAGAAGACCAAGGAUGGGGAUGGGAAACCGGGUCCCGGAUAUGAGAACCGAACCGUAUAAGUUGACACGUCGCUGUGAGGUUACAGCCAUUCUCAUUUUAUAUGGCCUUCCAAGGUUGCUGACUGGAUCAAUCUUAGCUCAUGAAAUGAUGCACGCAUGGCUUCGACUUCAAGGGUAUCGAACACUUAGUCAAGAAGUUGAAGAAGGAAUAUGUCAAGUGUUGGCUCACAUGUGGUUAAGAUCCCAAAUAGCUUUGAUAUCAAGUGGGACCACAUCGUCCACGUCAUCAUCUGCCACGUCAUCAAGGCAAGGAGGGAAAAGGUCUCCAUUUGACAAAAAGCUUGCUGAGUUUUUCAAGCAUCAGAUUGAAUCUGACAUGUCACCGGUUUAUGGGAAUGGUUUUAGAGCUGGGAAUCAGGCAGUAAUUAAGUACGGACUUCCAAGAACCUUGGAACAUAUUCGAUUGACAGGGACUUUUCCUUUCUAAAUUUGGAUCAUUUUUUUUUCUUUGUGAUUAGAGAAUGUAUACCACUAUUGAAAUUGCAUUUUUUUUCCACG